GACACGGCCACGGUCCACCACGCACGCACGUACGGUACUUGUACGUGUGCGUAAUGUGAGCGCGUUGAUUCGGCACACCCAUUUCGCCAAUCAAGGAAGACAUUUCUCUUUUCAGGAUUUUUUCGAAUCUUGAUAGCUUUGACGAGAUUGAGACAACAUGAGUGCCAAACUGAGCAACAUCAAGGAGCGCAUCAAUGCGAUUCAGAUAAGCAUUGGUGAGGCAAAUAAUACCCUCAGAGAGCGUCAAACUCAAUAUGAGGAACAAAGGCAGAGAGCUGAAGAAUUUGAGGAACAGAUCAAGAUCCUGAACAAUAAACUCCGAGCUGCGGAGGAGAUCCAAUCCGAGAAAGAAUGUGAGAUGUCAAUGCUCAAAGGGAAGAUUCAUGAAAUAGAGACAGAAUCUGAAGAAAAUGCCAGAUUUGGAAACGUUUUGAAGAUGCGUGAGCAGAAAAAUCUUGAAAGAAUUCAAGAUUUGGAGCAAACGAUUGAACAAAGAACUUCAGAAAUUGAGCGCCUAGACCGAAUCAACUCAGAUCUCCAGUGUAGCUGUCAGCAAAUGGAAGAUAAAUUGGAUAGUUCGGAAUGUAGAGGCAUGCAACUUAAAAGCAUGUUGGAUGAGGGAAUGGAAGAAGUAAACCAGCUGAGAAACACCUACAAAUCCAAGGAGGCUGGAAAGAAAGACAUGGAGGAGAAAUUCAAUAAAUGGGAUAGCGAACGUGAGGAGAAAAAAGAACAUUAUGAACAGGCAAAUUGCCGUGCAGAAGAAGCAGAGAGAAAGCGAGAAACUCUCCGGUCAAAGAUAGACAAGUUGGAAGACGAGCUGGAGACAGUUAUAGAGAAGAGAAAGGCUUGUGAAGAAGAAAUGAGUCAGCUCUGUUCAGAGGUUGAGCAUAUUUAAACUGUAUCGGGCUUCAUCGGAAUCGGCUUGGAUUUACGUUCCAUUAUUUUACGCAUAAGGCUUGUAUGUGAAAAUACUGAAGUUCUCUCAUGAAUGAAAUUUUUAAAGAAAGUAGAAAAAAAGUGAUUUCAAUUCUCCAAAUUCUUGAAUUCUACAAAUCCUCCCAUAGGGUCUAUGAAUUUUAGAACCAAUAGGUUAUCUCUAAUCAAAUUCUUUGGAUUUCCACAGCUACUUUAGUUUCUUUUUGGAGGUUGUGUUGUAAGAGUGUCUUAUGCUUCAAAUGGCCAGGUCAAACACGUUAUGAGUUAGAAAUGGUAUGAAUUAGCAUAAAACAAUAUUUGAUCUGAAUGUAUACCAAAGGAGUAACAAUGAUUGGGAAGAAUUUAAAAAGUAAUAUUAAUGGAUAUGAAUGUUUAUUAUAGCAUAAGUAUUGUUUGGUGACAGAUGAGUCAUUUUGCCCGUGCAGCUCCAAAACUCUGGAAUAGCCUACCAUUAGAAGUCAGGAAUCACAACCUACUGUAAAUAUUAGUAACUUUUUUCUAUAGCUAAAAGCAUUUCUUUUCAUUGAAUUGAAGAAGCUUACCAAAUGCUCUAGUAAUGGAAGUAUAAUCUAUGUAUACUUAAAGUGUUGGACAUUCUGUAUGCCCUAUGGGUACCUGGCAGGAAUAAGUUCCUUGAAAUGCUUGUGCGCUGUGAAAAGCUUGCCAGGCUAAAGCCAAGGUAAUGAUAUCCAAAGUCCUUUGGGAAGUACAUGGAUGUAUUAUAAAUGUAUUAUUAAUAUGGAUAUUAUCGUUAUUGAAAAUCACAUGUUGACAUCUACACCAUGAUGUGUAAAGUAUACGAGGAUCAUCACCUUUUUAUUGUUUAUUGAACUCGGCCACUUUGUAUCUAUAUUUCUUGAAUUUUCAUGUAUUUAUCACUUCAAACAUUCUCAGUACAUCAGAUUUUUUUUUUUUUCAUCAUUCCAAGAUUUUUUUUUUGAUGGCUGGAAUGCCAAUUCGUCUUUGAAUUAUUCUUUUUCAUCAUUCCAAAAAAAAUUUGGUUUUUUUUUAUUCCUGGAAUUCUAGCUCGUGUUUGAAUUUACUUAUGUAUUAUACUUUAUAGCAUUUGAAAUUGAUAUUUGCUUAUUAUAUCAUAUAUAUAGUUUUGUAUUUAGGUGCAUGUAGAUAGGGAUGCGUGAACAACAAGCUUUUUGUUUUGGUAAGAUCCCCGAUCAUUGAUUUCCUUUUUUUUUUUUUUUUUUUGGGGGGGGGUUUACUAUGAUUGUAUUUUAUCUUUGUAGAUUGAUGAUUCAUACUUAGUAAAUUGAAUUGAGUAUAAAAAAAGAGCAAUCUUGAUGAAACAAUAAUGCACAGUAUAAACUCAUUUCAGGCCAAAUUUGGAUUCAGAUUUUUUUAUGUUAUUAUUAAUUAUUUUUAAUCGAGAUCAUUGCUUUUUACCAAAUCAUAUUCAAAAUUGUUUUGCCCAUGGGCUAUAAGAGCCCUUCCAGGUUAUUUCAAGCUUGUUACAUUGAUUCUAACUUAUUAGAUGUCUUUUCUUCUUUUUUUUACCUCGAAACGACUACCGGUAUAUUGAUCUGUCUAUUUAUAAUGUUUCUUGCUUGAUUAAAGGUGCUUUAGAAUCUUGAGGGAAAGAGGGUAAUAAUUCAUUCAAAAGAUUUUAUGAUAUCACGCAUGAUGUCAUGUCAAAAAGAUUAGUUUGCAAAAAGUUUGAUUUUGUUCUCAUUUUUAUAUUCCAAUAGUCGCAUCAUUAUAUUCCAAGAAUUCAUAAUACUCCAAGAGAUAAAUCUUCCUACUGUAACGUUUUUAUAUAUUUUGAAUCUAUCCAUGCAAUGUAUUUUUCUAAUUCCUUAUAUUAAUUAUGAAUGAUAUUCCCACGUUAGCACUCCUGAUGAAUUUAUAUUAUGUAAAUAUUACUAAUUGAAGCUAUAAUCUGUACUGAAGUAGUCCCUGGCAUGGUUAACAUCCGACUAAAAAAUGAUUUAAAUAAUUUAUUGGUUGGAUCGCUUAACUAAGCUAGUCGUACAGACUGUUUCACCCUAAGGCUCAUCAGCGACUGAUUAGUAUGAAGAACACAAUUUUUGGGACAGAAUAAAGUAUACAGAGCAUGUGCAUUAGGGUAUAACAUUGGGUUGACAGAGAUGAAAGGGGUUACUGAAGGGGUACAUGUGUAUUGUUUAUUACAUCAGGGGUACUUAGGGGUAAAAAAUGAUUUAUUCCAUUUCAAGUACCGAUAGUCAGUGGUGACACAUUAGGAUUUGAUUCAUCUAGGUUAGAAACCCCAGUUUUUCAUUUCCUAAAAUGCAAAUUCUGUGUUUUUCGGUGUUCUGAACCCUGAUUCAGUCUGCUUUGGUAACAUUUACGAAACAUGAUUAUGACAAACCAGAAUUAAGACAGACGUGAAAUUUCCAUGAUAUAAAUAUACACACACUGCAGUAUGCAAAUUUAGCUUGGCUAUCACAUGCUGAACACCUAAAACAAAAUGAUAUGCCAGAUUUUUCACCGAAGCAUGGUUUUGUUAUUUUGGAGUUUGCUUUGAUUUCCCCUGAGUUGCACUGUACCAAUACGUUUGUUUAGGUAAUAAAUUUUGACCUGAAGAUUAUUUUUUCUGUGAAACCUUUUGAAUUCCAUGAUUUUUUUUUCUGUUUUGCGGAAAACUGGGGAAUUCAAUCUAGGUAUAUCAUGGUAACUUGUAAACAAUGAGAAAGGCUUAUGAGGAUAUUGAGAUGUUGCCCACAAAGUGUUUCUUCUUGUGGGCUGGCGAUUUGCUCCGACUAAUGUCAUUAAGUUGAUGACCACUGGAAAGUCAUCACAAAAAUAUACUUGACUUACGUUCAUUAUUUCAUCCAAAUAUUGACUGAAUUGAAAGGAAAGGGCGUCAUGUUUCUUCAUAUACAUGUAUCUGUGGGUGUCCCAUAAAUGAAAGUAUUCAGAUUUUAAUAUGGAUGUAAAAACUCAACAUAUCAAUAGAAGCAUUCAAAAUGGUGUUCUGAUAGGAAAAAGCUUUUAUUGUAGACUUUCUAUUUGUACUUCUUCCAAAUGCUGUGUGCAAGGGGCAGUAUGUUGUUUGAUGUGAAAAAUCUGUUUAAACUCUCAAAUACAAUGCACAAUUUUAAUGUUUAUAUUUUGAAAAAGUGAAAAGUUUUCUGUGCACCAGUGGUAUGUUUCAUUAUACCAGUCAACUCCAAAAUGCUUUGCACGUGAAACAAAAAUGACCAACUUUGGUGAUUCUCUUUGUACUGUUUGCAUCUAUUUAAAAAAAAGUGAUAAAACAUGAUUAAUUAUGAUGACCAAACUCCUGUGAUGCUAAUGUACAUACUUUUUAAUUAUUAACCUAUUAUAAAAUUGCAUUGUAUGAUUGCAUAAUUCUAUGUAACUUUCACCAUAGGUGUUUGAUAAUAAGACAAUUAUAGAAAAUUACUGUAAUCAUGAAUUACCUGUAAUCCAUUUCCUGUAUUUUUAAGAUACAGAAUAACAAUUUUCAUUUUUAGCAUCAUAAUCAUGUUUUCAUUAAAAAGGUUCCAAUUGGUAAUUUGUUUAGAAUAUAUAUACAUUUGGCUUGUAGAUGUUGAUCUUUCUUAAAAAGGUUCCAAUUGCUAAUUUGUUUAGAAUAUAUAUACAUUUGGCUUGUA